AGUGAAUUUACCUAUAACUUAAUAACACUAAAAAUAACUUAACCAGACCCCUUCAGUCCAACGAAGGUCGCUCGUUGCAGCUACAUUUCAGCACUGGUUUGGAAUGGCUCUCUCCAAAACCAGAGCACUGCAGUCUAUGAUUCGCUCAUUCCACAACUACAAACCCAUUCUUCGCUUCUCUUCUCUCACCCAUCAACAACAGCCUACUUUUCCACCAUUACCGAACCUCGUAAACGAAAUCUCUCGCGUACUAAGCGACCACAGGAGCCCUCACCAUGACUUAGACCACUCUCUUACCACAUUCUCAUCUCAUAUAUCAUCUCAACUCGUCGAACAAGUCUUGAAACGUUGUAAGAAUCUCGGGUUUUCCGCCCACAGAUUCUUUCUUUGGGCUGCAAAAAUUCCGGGUUUUCAACACAGUGAUACAAGCUAUCGUAUUUUGGUUGAUGUAUUAGGAAGUAACCAACAGUUUGCUAUUUUAUGGGAUUUCUUGGUAGAAAUUAGAGAUAGUAAACAAUUUGAGUCAAACCCGGAAAUUUUCUGGCUUGUUUUUAAAGCUUAUUGUAGAGCAAAAUUGCCCGGUGAUGCGAUCAGGGCUUUUGAUAGGAUGGUGGAGUUUGGAAUCAAACCUAGUGUUGAUGAUGUCGAUAAACUUUUGUUUUUGUUAUGUAAAAAGAAAUUUGUAAAACACGCCCAAGGGUUUUUUGACAGAGCCAAGCACGAGUUUGAGCUUAGUGCAAAAAGUUACAGCAUUUUGUUGAGGGGUUGGGGAGAUAUUGGUGAAGCGGGUCAGGCACGUAAGGUGUUUGAUGAAAUGCUCCAACGAGGCUGUUCAAUCGAUGUUCUUGCUUAUAAUAGCUUGUUGGAAGCCUUAUGCAAAGGUGGUUGCGUGGAUGAAGCUUAUAAGAUGUUUAGAGAAAUGGGUUCGAAUGGGAUUGAGCCAAAUGCUUGUAGUUACUCUGUUUUCAUUGGUUCAUAUUGUAAGGCAAAUGAUAUUCAUGCGGCUUUCAAGGUGCUCGAUAGAAUGAGAAAAUACAAUCUUGUACCAAAUUUGUUCACUUACAAUUGUAUUAUCAAAAAGCUUUGCAAGAAUGAUAAAAUUGAUGAAGCUUACCAGCUUCUAACUGAGAUGAUUGAGAGGAAUAUUAAUCCAGAUACAUGGAGUUACAAUGUGAUCUUGGCUUAUCAUUGUGAACAUUCUGAGGUUAAUAGAGCUCUUAGAUUGAUUUCAAGAAUGCAGAAAAAUGAUUGUUUGCCAGAUAAACACACUUACAAUAUGUCACUAAAGUUGUUCAUUCGUAUAGGAAGAUUCGACAAGGCAACCGAGUUGUGGGAGAGUAUGGCAGAUAGAGGAUUUUAUCCUUCGGUCUCAACUUAUGCCGUUAUGGUUCAUGGUUUAUGUAAAAAGAGAGGUAAGUUAGAGGAGGCAUGCAAAUAUUUCGAGAUGAUGGUCGAUGAGGGUAUACCUCCGUAUUUUUCAACCGUCGAGUUAUUGAGGAAUCGAUUGUUGAGGUUUGGGCUAUCAGAAAGUGUUGAGAUACUUGCUAAUAAGAUGGCUCGAAGCACUUCUUGUUCGAUACAAGAGCUAGAAAAUGCUAUGAGAGGUAAAACAACAUAUAGAAGAAUAAGAAGUGAAGAAACAGAGCUUGAAAGUGAGUAACAAUGGCCCUUGCAUUUCAGUUUGAUGCUAAAUGUGAAAAUCAGUCUCUUAAGUUCAUGAUUGGUUUUUCUAGUCGUAUACAUUAAUUGAUUGUCAUAUUACCUUGUCUUUAUUUUCAA